AUGCAUAAAAUGUCAAUAUAAGAGAUGAAACAAAUUUUAGAACAAAAGAUUGAUUUUGAUUGUUAGGCAACUUAAAGUGUGAUGAGUAAAUUGGGAUUGAGUUAAGGGGCAUUAUAGAAGAUUAGCUACUUGGAGUAUAUGACUGCAAAUAAUAGUUAGUAAGAUUAUUUUUCAUACUUACAUUCGAUUGUAAUGAACAUAAAAAAAUUGCAGUAAGAAAUAGCGAAAAUGAAUUUAAAGGAUAAAUCGAUUGAUUGCACGGAGCCAGGAAACAUAGAUGAGAUAAUAGCAAUAUUGGAUCAAAGGAUGCAGAAGAAAAUUGUUAGCAACAGUUAACCUCGUAUAAUAUCAUACAGGGAGAAAACUCAAGAGAGGGAUGAGAGGAAAUCGAGAAUAAUAAAAUUGAAUCAUCAUUAGAUUAAAUCAAUAACAGAGAGGACAUUGAUAUAGCAGCAAUCGCCACCUAAGGAUCUAAACACUUUCAUUUCUCAAAGUCCGGAAAGAAUCAUACACAAGAAGUUUACAAUUUCCAACAAUCAAAGUGUGGCUGAUUUGUAUUCUAAACAACAGGCUUCAAUUGAAGCGAGUACUAUGGAACAAUUAAACGAAUCAUUGCGUAAGAACAUAACAGACAAAAACCAAACCAUAAUAACGGGAAUUCGUUAGAGGCUGAAGGAUAGCAAUUGCAGUAAACAAGCUAUUGAUGAAUUUAUGAGUAAAAUCUCAAAAUUAAGAUGUGUAUCAUAAUAAUCUAUUGAAAGCAAUAGGAAGAUCUCAACUCCAGCAAUCAAAUUGGUAAAAAAGAAGAAUUCCAACAUCAUAACCUCAAAGUUGGAAAUGAUGUUAAGAAAGGAAAAAUUGAUUAUUCCUGAUGAACCAUUGAAAAUUCAUCCGCUUAAAAUCGGAAGCAUCAUGGGUGUGAUCCAGAAGAUUAAGAAUCAAAAAUCAAAAUAGAAAAUGUUUCAACAAAUUAAUAAAGAACAGUGA